UAAUUACACAUAUAAUUGCAUUCAGUUGACUAACUGGUAGUGAAUAUCGUUUGAACAGUGUUAAAAAGUGUGUAACGUGUUUGAUAUAGGAAGAAGUUUGAAUUUUAUUGAGGUUCAAUUAGAAUUAUCAGGUCUGUCUUCGAACUUCCUUUUUGGUUAGAACUUGAAAAUAAAGUUAUUUUGGAGAGAAAUUUGUUUGUCUUACAUAAGAUCUGUGGGAUUUAAUGAAGGGCAAGAAAUCACACUGAUGAUGGGCGUAUGAAGAUUAUGAAACUCAUGAUUGUGAGCUUGAUCAUGGAGAUUUAUUACAAUUCCUAAAUUUUGAAGUUGACUAUGGGUUUGAUAUUUUCAUAAACGAACGGUGCUAGCUCGUAAGAAUAAUUAGAUUUUGUUUUUCUAAAGAAAAAAACACGAUUUUGAAGAAUUGGACUGGCCCAUGACGGAGGUCAUUGCAUAAGAUAUUGAAUCAGACAACAAUACCUCUUUUGUGUUGUGUGAUACUAAGAAGCCACUGGAUGAUGAUUAUGAUGAUUCAUAUGAGGACUAUCUUUGAGAGUGUGUAUAUUGGUGGAGCAGGUUGAGGAAUUCGAGCAUCAGAGUAAACUUACUCCAGCUGAUAAUAGAGUCGAGAUGGAAAAGUAUCAUUAAUUUGCAUGCUAUUAUAGAGGAGAACUGCAAAUUUACUAAAAUGGAAUUUUCGCAGUCAAAAUAUUCACGUGUAUUAUUCUUUAAAAAGUCUAGCUAGCUUCUCCGUAGAUUAGGGUUUUGGGUAAUGGGAUUUCUUCCUUAAUGAUUUUGAACAAUGUUGUCAAAAGUUUCAUGUCAAUGUAAAAGUAAUGUUAGAUUCAUUCACAAACUAUGCUUGAAAGUAAUCACCCUUCAUUAUGCUUCUAAUUUUUUACUUUACCAUGAAUAUGCAUACUUGUGCCAAAGAUUUUCUUGGACCGCAAUCAAACAGGAAAUGAUACUCUAAAUCAUAGGUUAUGGGCAGAAAGUUUGACUGUUGAUGACUAUCAAGAGCAGCAUGAUUUUUCUCAAAGUUCUCUUUCCAUAGCUCUUCUUGACAGAGGCUGGAGAAGAUCUGGCUGCUUCUUGUACAAACCUGAGAUGGAGAAGACUUGUUGCCCUUCUUACACAAUUCGUCUCAAGGCCAGUGACUUCAUUCCUUCUAAAGAGCAACUUCGAGUGUCUAAAAGGAUGCAGAGGUUUCUUGAUGGCCAGUUAGAUGCGAAAAGAUCAGACAAGUUAUUAGAUGAACCAAAUUCAUGUGAGGGAUCAUGCAGCAAUGCAAAAAAUCUAAGUGCAAGUUCUUCUGCAAAGGAGUCCUUGGAAGCUGACUUCGAAGGUAAAGACAAAGCCAAUCAGUUUAUGCAUUAUGCGUCACAGCAGAUUGAUAAUAUUGUACAAUCAUGCGUGAAACAUUGGGAGCUUUUUGGCGACAUUCAGUUGCCUAAAGCUUCUGUGAAAAAGGUUGCACCAGCUAAAAGAAAACUACUAGCAGAAGAAUCAGAAGAUCUUGUAUAUUCCUGCAAUAUUGCAUUCCAGAUUGCAGCUACUGUAAGACGAAGCAAGACAGAUGCUGAGCAGAUGAAAUCAUUAGAACAAGGUGUCGGAGAAAAUAGGCACCCUACUGAGCUUUCGCCUAAGUUGAUUGCAGAACUUUUGGCAAGUCAGUUAAAAGAGCCGGCGAAAUUGUCUGGUUUGUUAAUUAGAGCUUGUAAUGGACACAUCAAUUUUUAUUCUACCACAGAACAGGCUCACUCAGUCAAAGGUGGAAAUGCUACAAAACCAACACAAUCUUUUACAGCAAGUGGUGGUAACCGUUGUUUAAAGAAAACCAGUGGACAACCCAAUGGCCAAAAGCGUAUGUUUGAGAUUUGUUUGAAAAGGUCAAGCUUUGAUUAUGAAGAAUAUUCUUUGUAUAGGAAGUACCAACUUAGUGUCCAUAAUGACACGGAAGAUCAUGUCAGUGAAGAUUCGUACAGAAGAUUUUUGGUUGACACUCCCUUGGUAUAUGUUCCACCAAAUUCUUAUGGUGCAGUUCCUCCUUCUGGCUUCGGUUCUUUCCAUCAGCAGUAUGUCGUUGAUGGGAAGCUAAUUGCAGUUGGCGUCAUUGAUAUCCUCCCAAAGUGUGUGUCUAGCAAAUAUCUAUUCUGGGACCCUGACUUUGCCUUCUUGUCACUGGGAAAAUUCUCGGCUCUUGAAGAAAUAAGAUGGGUUAGAGAGAAUCAAGUACAUUGCCCCAAUCUCCAGUACUACUAUCUUGGCUAUUACAUUCACUCCUGCAGCAAGAUGAGAUACAAAGCCGCAUACCAACCAUCUGAACUUCUCUGCCCUCUUCGCUACCAGGACUAGGAUUCAGUUCUUCAAUUCUUGUGGUUAACCUAAUUCAUAUCAAGGCACCGAAUAGACAACAUAAAAAGGAUGUUGUAGGUGUUAAGACUGCUCAAAUUUGAAAGAUCAAACUAUCCUAAUACCUAAAGGUACAGAUGUUAACUGAUACUUUCAUCAGUAUUAUAUGAGCGAAAUGUUUGCAUGGAAGUGGAUGUGACUGCGUCUGUCGACUGUGAUGCUUAUUUUCUACAAUGCAUCUAAGGUAUACGAUACUAUUGUCUAUUUGCAUUUUCACUAGAAUGUUGAUAUCUGCAACUCUGAAAAUGCCUUGCUAAGUCUUUGCAAUUGAAAGAUAUUUAGUUGUAUAUAAAAUUCACAACUGAUCCUGCUUCUAAGAAAUAUUUCGAAAACGAUAUUACCCCAACUGUUUAUUCACAAUCUCUAUGUACAUCAUCAAUCAACAAAUUCUCAUUUGGAUUAACUUUUAGUUUCUCUUCUUUACAUAAUACUUUUUAACCUAUUCUAAAUUUGAAUUUAACAAAUGGGAUUCUACCAAUAAUAAUCAACUCCAUGGAAUAUUAGGCAUAAAAAAUUUGAGAUCUACAUACUCGAAAGAUCAUAUUACAAAUAUUCACUAUUUGUUAUCUUCUAGACUUCAAUGCUUUGAUUGUCUAAGCUGUUUACUUGGCAAUUAUUAGUCCUUAUUCAUUUUGUUCAUAUUUUAAUUUUUAUGCAUGAAGGAAAUAUAAAUAGAGGAAAAUUAAAGAGUGCAAAUAUUAAGUAGGCCAUUUCCAUUUUAGAAUGAAGAUCGAAACGGAACAAAAUAUGUCGUGUAUUCCACUGUGCCUUACCAGUCUCAGUAAACCUAGGAAGGGGCAUCAGAGGUUCACACCACCCAAAGCCUUUAUCGAUGUUUUGGAAGGCUAAAACGAAAUAAACUCUCCUUACGUGGACCGAGCUUCCUUAUACUGGCCCCAAUUAACCUUAAGAAUUUGCAUGACAAAUUAUUAUAAGAUGGAAGUAACAAUAAGACGAUGUUAUAGUUUCUAGUUUUUACAAUUUGGCUUUCCAUAUUAUUAAAUAUAGCUCACUGCAUAUGUAAUAUUUAUUGUUAGGAGACCGAUCAAAAUUUUUUACUUGAGCUUGGUUGUUUUUUUUAUUCACUAGAUUAUUUCUGUUUGUAAAAACUGAUGCUCCAUUCUGGAU